CUCUCUCUCUCUCUAUCUCUCUCUCUCUCUCCCCCCCCCCCCCCCCCCCCCCUAAAAACAAACCAUAAUUUUCUGAACUAAAAAAAGAAAAAGAAAAACAGAAUUGCCUUCUCAAAAAAAGUUCCUUGAAGAAUCAAUGGCUACUCGUAGACGCAUGCUCUUGAAGGUUAUAAUUCUCGGUGACAGCGGGGUAGGCAAGACAUCACUAAUGAAUCAGUAUGUGAAUCGAAAGUUCAGUAAUCAAUACAAGGCGACGAUAGGAGCUGACUUCUUAACCAAAGAAGUCCAUUUUGAGGAUAGAUUGUUCACAUUGCAGAUAUGGGAUACUGCAGGACAAGAGAGGUUUCAAAGUCUUGGAGUGGCUUUCUACCGUGGUGCAGACUGUUGUGUUCUUGUGCAUGAUGUGAAUGUCAUGAAGUCAUUUGAGAAUCUUAAUAAUUGGCGAGAAGAGUUUCUGAUUCAGGCUAGCCCAUCCGACCCUGAAAACUUCCCAUUUGUUGUGUUGGGGAACAAGAUAGAUGUUGAUGGAGGCAAUAGUCGAGUGGUUUCUGAGAAGAAAGCGAAGGCAUGGUGCGCUGCUAAGGGAAACAUACCUUACUUUGAGACUUCCGCAAAAGAAGGCUUCAAUGUGGACGCUGCAUUUCAGUGCAUAGCCAAAAAUGCGCUUAAGAAUGAACCUGAAGAAGAAAUAUACCUUCCUGACACCAUUGAUGUUGCGGGUGGAGGGCGACAACAAACGUCCACCGGGUGCGAAUGUUGAAAGAACUUCCAGACCAGCUCUGUUUAUUUCCAUUAGCAACACAAGUUUCAUCACUACGUUAUCAUUCGGUCAGGUCAUUAAAAAUAUUAUCUUUGCAUCGUAAAAGUGGCUCUGAAAGCAUAAUUGUAUUUCGUCGUGACGUGUCCUUGUAUUUGUAUUCAAUCUUGUAAUCACAAUCCAUUUGGAUUCCUAUACACCAUAUCAUCUGCACUUAGUACAAGAA